AGAGAGAGUGAGAAAAAUGGAGCGAUAGAGAGAGAAGAGUAUGCGGGGGAGGCUGUGUUGGACAGGAACGACCACUUUUUCAUUCCCCAGCUCAUCCAUUCAAUGUUUUUCCCCUCCUUUGGCAGCGUGCAUGUUCGGAAGAAAGGAGUGGGAGUGAAGACGAGACUGACGACAGCCGUCGACGAUGACAUAGCAUGCCAGGCAUCUCCUCGCUACGGCUUUGCCCGCCCACCUCCGUCGCCUACCCGAGCCACACACCAACACGCCCUGAAUCCCACCUCCACAGACACACUCCCUCCCUCCCUGCCUCCUCUCCCUCCCACCCUCUCUCUCCCUCCCUCUCUCUCUCUCUCUCUCUCGGGGACGUGAAGGUCUGCUGCAGAACCUCCGCUCUGUAAUCAGAUGAGAGACGCCGAUAAUCCUGAGACCAACUUCCUCUCGUCCGCCGCUAGCCGAGCGCUUCGAGACCGAGCAGCCUCAUCGCCAUGGCUGAUACCAAGCCACCUGUGUCUGAACGCUUUUCCCCGUGCGGCCAUCUUGGCUCUGGUGGGGCCAUUGCUGAUGACGACGAUGACCUCGGGGUCCCGAUUUUUCACCUUUCGAAGAGCCUGACGGACGUGGCGACAGACCCCCGAGACGGCGAGGAGGCGGCGAGGUGCAGGCCGGACCUGAGGAAGAGUGCCAGCAGCGCCGUGUGCCCGCAAGAGGCCCCCGAAACGCCGUGGACCCCAGAGCUAGCCUACCGGGGCGUCGCAGGGACACCGCCCCUGGGAAGCGCGCCCAUGUCCACAGCUGCUGCGAAUCACCUCCGGCCAUGCAAGGGGAGGGGCCUAGUGCCCGGUGGGCACCUCCCACAGACGGCAUCCUCCAGCAGGGACCUCAGGGGAGAGCGGCAGGACCAGGCCCUGCAGAGGAGCCACUCGGUCUGCCUCCACGCAGCCAGGGAGGCCCGCAGCAGGGGGCUGGGCUCCUGCAGCGAGGCUGGGUUGACCUGCUCCGGGACAGGCUGCCGCUUCAGGCGAGUCCCAGGCUGCUACUCGCUGGGGUGCCGUCAGGCCGCAAGCGCGCUGCACGCCGACGCCAUGCCCCCCUGCAUGGGGGGCAGCUACUGGAGCCCCACGGCGCCACGUGGGGGGGUAUGGAUCUGCACCCCCAGCCCAAACAACUCCCCAAGGGACAGCCGGAGACAUAUCUGCAGGGCGGCCUUCGUCGGAAACGCAGCCAACGACCAGGGGCCAGAGCUUCCCUGCCACCCUACGCCGUCAGCCGUGGACGCAGGAAGCGGUGGCGAGGCGGCGCUGCCCCACGGCAUGACGCUCAGCUUUCCCCGGCUCACCGCCUCCGUCAGCGACACGCGGCUGGACUCCAGACACCACGUGGCGGCAAGGUGCUGCGGUGUGGCCUCCCCCAGCGCGUCCGCGGUACGCCGCUCGACCGAGGGGGGCCGGACGUCCAGGGAAGCGGCGACCAUGACCUCCCGUCUGGAGCUGAGAGACGCGGGGGUCCAGACGGGCCCCCCGGAAUCCCCCUCGCUCCACGUGUUCCCCAAAGUCAGCCUGGCGGGGGAAGAUGGCGAGGCGGGCGUGGCCGGGGAGGGGCCGGGGGCGGGGCAGACCUCGCCGGUGAAGGAAGUGCUGUGGGACGCGGAGGGCAUGACGUGGGAGGUGUACGGGGCCGCCGUGGACCCCCAGGAGCUGGGCGUGGCCAUCCAGAGACACCUGGAGCUGCAGAUAAAGGAGGUGGCUGCCAGCCGGGCCUUGAAGCUCUCCCAGCGGGAUGCAGGGAGAUCCCAGCAUGGCGGCCAUCGUAAGAAGAAGAGCAUGAUAGCGUUGCUAAGGAAACCCAUAUGCUGCAUCCGCCCCAGAACAACAGGGGACUGAUGGGGUCAGCUUUAAACCUGCAUCCACUGGAACUCCCCAUGGCCGCCUAGCCUGUUCUGAAUGGAUGCCAUCAAUGGAUCGGCAGG